AUGACACAGUCAAUAGAUUUCAACGCGUUGAAAGCGCGGACUAUGGGAUCUAGCAACGAUGAGGAGGCGGUGACUGUUGAUACUCGAGGGCUAAUUUCAAAAGUCCUAUCACGAUAUUCCGGGAAAUGGACGGUACUUCGUGAGAUGAUACAGAAUGCCGCCGAUGCAUCGGCCACUCGGGUCACAGUGAAAUUUGAGACUUUACCUUCCACUGCAGUUCCGCUGCCAAAUCCGGCAGACCCGACUGCGACGCUUAAACAUGUAAUUACUCAUCAUACCCUUCGAAGGUUAAUGAUCUCCAACAAUGGACAUGCAUUUACAGAGAAGGAUUGGAGCCGACUGAAGAGGAUCGCGGACGGUAACCCGGAUGAAACAAAGAUCGGUGCUUUUGGUGUUGGAUUUUACAGUGUAUUUGAUGAUUGCGAGGAGCCAUUCGUGUCCUCUGGCAAUUCAGCCAUGGCUUUUUACUGGAAAGGCAAUUCACUUUUCACCCGGCGACUGGAACUGAGCGGAUCUGAUGCUUCUCCGGAUACGACCUUUGUCCUUGAUUAUCGAAAUGAUACCUCGCCUGUUCCCUCGCUGCUAGAGCUUGCGAAAUUUCUUGCCACAAGUCUCACAUUCGUCGGUCUAGAAAGUAUUGAUUUGUGGGUAGAUAAUUGGAACCUGCUGAGAUUGAAUAAGAAGGUUGCACCAAGCGAAAAGGUUACGAUACCUCGAGACAUUGAAACGAAAACUGCUGAGGGACUGAUGAAAGUCACUAGUGUUAUAAGGGAGGUUGCUCAAGUCGAUGCUACAUGGAUGAAAAUAGUUGAAUGGAGCCCUCAAAAUACCCUAUCUGCUCGUCUGGAAGGCAUUCGCGACACAACAACCACGCUUCGCUCGUUCUUCUCCAAAUUCACCGGGUCUUCUACAGCCUCUGAUAAGCCUCCUACGGAGUCAGCAGAGAGGCUUGGAGAUGCGGAAGACCUCACUGAAAAUCAAAAGGCCGCCGUAUUCUUGCACAUCAAUACGGCUUCUGUCCAACCAUCUAUAAGCAAUUCUCUCUCUGGAGAACUAGAAAGAGCAACUCGCAAACCCCCGCCAAAGCGGACGACUAUUGCGAUUCUUACUCCUUCUCAUUCAACUGACGACUCUUAUAAGAACUCAAAAAUUCUUUCAGCGGUGCUGCCGUCAAAGUCGGGGCGGAUCUUUAUAGGCUUCCCGACGCACCAAACUACUGGUUUAAAUGCACACAUCUCUGCGCCUUCAGUCAUCCCAACAGUUGAGAGAGAGAGCAUCGAUCUUAAUACACGGUAUAUAAGUAGGUGGAAUAUGGAAAUGCUUAGAGCAGCCGGUAUCGUUUGUCGGAUCGCUUGGACUGCCGAUAUGUCGUCGAUUAAGACCCGAAUCGCUUUUAAGAGCGGCCCCAAAGUUCGGAAGAAUGAUAUCAUGUCUUUCAUCCCCGAAGCUAUUCAUACAGCUAAUCAAUUUUCCUUCCGAGAAUCCACCCCGUCUGCGACUCUCGGCCAGACUAUAGAAGACUCCUUCUGGAUGUGUAACAAGAAUGCUUCAAUUGAAGUGCUGUCUACAUGUGGUGUCUUGCCCAGUCACCAUGUCCGCAUUGCGCCAAAAGAUCUCAGCUUCAUGGAGAGCAUUCCAUCUCUUCCCGAUGAGCUGGUGGAGAACGCUAAAGAGUUCACUAAGAAGUUGAUCGAUGUUGGUCUUGUGACAGAAGUGACAGUUUCAGACAUCAAACGGGAACUUGAAAACAAUGCUUUAACUUCUGCCCAACUGGUAGAGUUUAUCUCCUGGAUUGGAAGGCGUGCCGCCUCCGGUGAACUCGACCAGAAAACCACGAUAUCCCUCCUCAGUGCUGCUGUUGCCAACGAAGAGCCGUCUAAAGGACAGCCUGGUCAGUUGUUAACUCUAGCGGGAAUCGAUUGCUAUCUUAACCCUGCUCGUAUACCCUCCGACUUGCCCAUACCACCAUCAGUUAUUCCCUUCAAGUACACAAAGUCUUUAGAGAAACGCCAAUUAGAUGCUAUCGGUUGGAAGGAACUCCAGACAGUGCCCUGGCUUCGUUGGCUGGUGGAAAAUGCCGGAAAUCGAGGGGUUUUACCUGUUGAGAAAGAUAUCACUCGCACUGCCUCGUUUGCUGCUCAAAUUCUGCCGGUUCUAUCCAAGCAGUGGGACACGCUCAGCCAGUCUUCCAAACAAACCGUGGUUGAUAUGUUGCAACCUCAAACCGUUAUACCCGUGAGAAAUGGCAUGAGAAGACCGGAAGAAGCGUACUUUCCAACUGUGCGUCUUUUCGAUGACUUGCCAGUCGUUUAUGGCCUUUCGAAUGUCAAGGAUAAGUUUCUGGCUGCACUUGGUGUUCGUAAGACAGUUGAGCUUGGUGUGAUUUUCGAGAGGCUGCUCAACGAUCCUGAUCCGAUGUCGAGUGAAAAGUCCAAGCCAAAAUGGAGCCACGUUGAUCUGAUCAAAUACUUGACUUCUGUUAGAGACGAUAUUCCUGCUAAGGACAUAGAAAGACUGAAGAGCACCAAGAUCUGUCUUGCAGAGAAUUCUUCUGAUCGGCAACGAUACAAGAUAUCCGAGCUCUUUGAACCAAAGGAAUCUCAUCAGAAGCUUGGCCUUCGAAUCAUUGAUUGGCCUGGAAAGUUCUUGCCUCAUAGCAAGGAAGCGCAGUUCUUAUCGACUCUGGGUCUGAGGAGUCACCCCUCAGCAAUAGAGGUCAUUGAGAUAAUAGCAAAGGCAGCGUUAGCUGGAGAUACGGCUCUUCAAUCCAAAGCAAUGUCAUAUUUUAUCACGGAACAUCACGCAAAUAAGUAUUUCCAGCUCGACAUGCAACGGGUGACUAUAGCCUUCUUACCAAUUGAGGGAAAUAAGAAGUUAAGCGCACCCAAGGACUGCUUCACUCAUGAGGGUGCGGCAUUGUUAGGUUUCGAUAUCCUACGGCGGGACCUUCAUCCACACUCAAGGAUCUUUGGCGUUAGUCUACAUCCUCCAGUGAUGGAGUGCGUACAAAGCAUUCUCAAGGCUCCACCAAAAACGCCAAGCGAAGCGAAGGGUAUAUUUACUUACAUGGCUUCGUUAGUUCCAGACUUGAAGGAAGCGGACAUCCGGCGACUGGGUGAUGCCUUUAUCAUCCCCAUACCAAAUCGUUCGACGUUGGAGAAGAGGCCUUCCAUGCGCUACGUAUCUCCAAAAAACUGUUAUCUUGGUGAAAGUGAAGAUUACAAAGAUAUCUUCGAUUUUGUCGACUUUGGACCAUUGGGGAAUCUUUUCUUGCAGGCGGUGGGAUCAAAGCAAGAGCCAACAAUGAUUGAAGUUGCCCAAAUGUUGGUCAAAGAGCCGGCUAGGAUCUCUUCCAAAUUUCAGAGCCCUGAGAAAUAUCUAAGUCUUUUGGGAAGACUUGCUGAUAAUCUCAUGAGGCUGAAACAUCACAAGGACAAGGACCUUUACCAUGAGAUGAUGAAGGCACCCUUCCUGCUUGCAAGUAAGGAGCUUCCUGCAGCCGGCUCAAAUACAAUUGCUAGAAAAGCAACAACAGAUGAGGCCGAUGACAUCUUUGAAGAUGACGAGCAAGGCAUCAGAGAAUGGCGAUUGGUAGCAGCGAAGGAUGCUGUUAUUGUGGAUGACUACCAAAGCUACACACUGUUCAGGGAGCACAUUCUUGCCGCACCUCAAGAGGAGAAACUCGAAAAGUUUUAUGCAGCGCUUGGUACCCCUGCCUUAAGCACACUCGUUGAAGAACGUGCGCACUGGGGUGCCAAAUCCUCGGAUCAGACGUCAGCAGUUAAGCUACAGAAGAUCAUCAACGAACGUACCAGGCUCUUUCUUCACGAGCAUAGCUCAGAAUCUAUCAAACAUGAUACGAAGUGGUUGGAGAAACACCUUAGCAUAGUUGUCGUGCAUUCUAUAUCCCUUCGGCGAUCUCUGAAGAACACUGGCGCAACACACAGUCAGAAACGCCAUGCUAUUAUUACAUCACAGGGAAGCGAUCGCGCGUUGUGGAUCAGUCCUGGAAAAUAUGACUUUUACGAAAUCAGUCAAGCUCUCGUUCAUAUCCUGCUUGCACGGCCCAAGCUUCAUUCAAUUCUCACUCUGGAAAUGUUACUAAAGACUGAUUUGUAUGAAUUACGAGCUCGAGGUUACAACGUCGAACGUAUUCUUCAGAAGAAGCAACAAGAGGCUCGAAUGGCGGAAGACUUACGACAGAAAGAAUUGGAAGAAGAGAGGCGCCUGGUUCAUGAACGUGAAGCUGAACGUCUCAAACUCCAGGCUCAGCGGCAAUUGGAGGAAAGCGACUCUCAGCAGCAACAUCAUACCAUGCCUGGAGUUUUCCCAGACUCCCCUUCGCAUCAGCGGCUCGGUGAAAAGGAACAUACUGGAAUAAAUGACCAAGAUUUCAACCCCGGCGGCUUCUUUUCGAAUUUGAGUAAGCGUUUUGGCUUGGAUGAUAAUAAACGGGCACAGAAUCCUUUUCAGUCUCUUUUUCAGAACCGUUCACUUCAGGAAGGUGGUAUCCCUGGUUCAAGCAGCGAAGUAUCGUUACCACCCCCUUACUCAGAAACAGAUCCUAGAGCUCCAAAUCGAGGCUCGAGUGCAAACCCUAAUGAGCCAAGAUCUGUCACCUCUCCAAACCAGCUGCAUAACAAUCUCCUCUCCGCAAUCUCAGCUUGUCGGCCGCACGGUGCAUCCGGCGUCUAUAGUCGUCCUGAUACCAACCAAGUUACUGAGACAAAAUCAUACUGUGACGAGCGACCAAGUCACGAUCUUGAAUAUGUUGCGACUCUGCCGUCACGUCUACAUUUUCUGAGCGCAAAGUCGGUCGCCGGUAAAUCUGCUUUCCUCUCUGAGAACUCAGCUGGCAUCAACGCAUUUGCGAAAAUACUCGUGGAGUGUGCCAGUAUAUUUUCAGUCCGGUUGGAGAGCAUCAGCAUAUUUUAUGAUCCCGCCGGCAAGACCAUUGCUUUCAACCGUGCGGGUAGUCUUUUCUGCAACUAUUUAUUCUUCAAGCAGCUCCAUCAGACUCGGCUGUCACAGGAUCCGAUCGGUGGUCGAGCCGACGCACUUGUGUAUUGGUGGGUGAUUCUCUGCCAUGAGUUGGCGCAUAACUUGGUUGAGGAUCAUAGCUCCGACCACAGUUUCUAUACGGAGGGAUUUGUCACUCAAUACUUUUCGAAAGUCGCAGAGAAGUUACUUACGGACUCACCAUAGUUUCAUGAUAGACAUCUACCUUGGGUCAGUUCGAGCGUUCUAGAUUACACCAGUUUAGAUUUGAGAUUUGUACAACUACGAGGGCACGAAUGGAUGCUAUCUGAUAUGUAUCAUGUAUUUUUCACUCCACCUACCUAGAAUUUCAGCAAUAAAUGUACAAAUAUCCGUUAAACCAUCUAUGCCACUCGUUUUCUU